CUGUCUGUCAAUUGGGCAAACUUCCGGGCUCUGACUGUAAUUAACCCUUUCUCGUUGUAACCUUGAAAACUUUAAAUCGCCAACGCCAAAUACCGUUGGUCGGAAACAAAUGUCGGCGUCCAAAUCAGUGAAUUGGCAAUGGGAGAACGCCACCGCCGGCGCCGUUGCCGGAGUUGCAACAGCCGCUUUCUCCCAUCCCUUCGAUGUUAUCCGCACUAGGUUUCAAGUUAACGACGGUCGAGUCAACACCCUCCCAAACUACAAGAACACUCCACACGCUCUCUUCACCAUUGCUCGCACAGAGGGCUUUAGAGGGCUUUAUGCAGGCUUUUAUCCUGCAGUUCUUGGAUCAACGAUUUCAUGGGGCCUAUAUUUUUUCUUCUAUAGUAAAGCCAAACAAAGGUAUUUAAGAAACAGGGAGGAGCUGAGCCCGGGUCUUCAUCUCGCUUCAGCUGCAGAAGCAGGAGCUUUGGUCUCUUUUUGCACGAAUCCUGUCUGGCUUGUUAAAACAAGAUUGCAGCUUCAGACUCCUCUUCAUCAAUCUCGACCAUAUUCUGGGUUUCAUGAUGCUUUAAGAACCAUACUGAAAGAAGAAGGGUGGACUGCACUUUAUAAAGGGAUUGUGCCUAGUCUCUUUCUGCAGGUUACCCAUGGUGCUAUUCAAUUCACAGCAUAUGAGGAGCUUCGUAAAGCUGUUGUUAACUUUAAGUCAAAAAAAAGGAAAGAGAAUUCUGGUGAUGACACACUGUUGAAUUCAGUUGAUUAUGCUACGCUGGGGGCAUCAUCUAAACUGGCUGCCAUUCUUUUGACAUAUCCAUUUCAAGUUAUUCGAGCUCGAUUGCAGCAACGGCCCAGUAAAGAUGGAAUUCCAAGAUAUGUGGAUAGCUGGCAUGUUGUGAAGGAAACUGCAAGAUUUGAGGGUUUGCGGGGUUUUUACAAGGGCAUCACAGCAAACCUGCUGAAAAAUGCCCCUGCAGCAUCAAUAACAUUUAUUGUGUAUGAGAAUGUCCUGAAUACGCUAAAAUUUCGAUCAAAGAUUGAUUGACAUUUUUUAGUUUUUCCUUCUCCUUAAUAUAUAUUUGAUAGCAAUGGCAAUUUUUAAAUUUCUGCGGUGAAAGAAGAAUUAAAUGUCAAUGACGUGUGUAUCACAAGUCUAA